AGCGCGCGAUAGCGAUAGGACGAGGGGGAAGUGCGUCGACCUAUUAGAAUCGGCGAUCGAGUCGAGCCGAACCGAACCGAAGAUAGUCGAGUUAGAACGAAAAGAGGGACUUAGUGCGUGCCGGUCCGUUAAAAACGGGUAAGGUAGUUAAUGGUGGGGGAACGAUUGUGCUCAGUAUCUCGAGAUAUCUUCGUCCUCUUCGUAGUAUCGUGUAUAAAAGGUUUCUGGCGUGACGUCAGCACGUGGCGUGCGUGUGUAAUCGUAUCAUUCGAAAGAGAAAUUUCUUCGAUUUCUUCGAGUUCUUUUGUUUGUGAGGUUUUAAUUAAUAAGAUCGGCAUAGUGCGAUUGUUCGUGAGUGUGUUAAUAAUAUUAAUGGCGAUUGAGUGAGAAAGUAGAAGAAGAAGAAGAAGAAUAAGAAGAAGAAGAAGAAGAAGAAUAAGAAGAAAGAAGGAAAGAAGACAGUGCUUUUUCUUUUCUUUCUUCUUUCCCUUUUAUUUCUCUGUUUCUCUUUCUCUUUCUCUUUCUAUCGGACUAUCAGUAUCUCUGUCCGUUUGUUUCUUUUCGCAAGCCCUUCAACAGGUGUUUCUUGUUGCAAUUAAAAGAAGAUCGUAGGCGCCUACUAAAUCGCAAGGGUUUUGAAAACAGGUAGAAAAGGGACAAAACGAGAGAGAGAGAGAGUUAGAGAGAGAGAGGGGGAGAGGGAAAAAGAGAAAGAGAUAGGAAAAGUGAGAGUGAGAUAGUGAGAGUGAGUGAGAGAAAGAUAUUAGAGGAAGAAUACCAAAAGAGAGAGGGGAGUGUGUACGUCGCGUGGAGCAGGUAGUCGACAACAUCUUCGCUCGACGACCAUCGUUGUUGUCAAGAUGGCGUCGAAAGGGAAGCUGGCCACCGAACAUGGCCGCUCAGAUUCAUACAGGGUCGCCACAUUACCCAACAUUCGCGACGACAACAAAACAGCCGAUGGAAUGUACAAGUCGCGGCGAAAGAAGCCAAUGCGGAAGGGAGAAAAUUUGGACGAUUUGAAGCAAGAGUUGGACAUUGACUUCCACAAAAUCACACCCGAAGAACUCUAUCAAAGAUUUCAGACGCAUCCUGAAAACGGCCUCAGUCACGCGAAAGCAAAGGAGAACCUUGAAAGGGACGGACCGAACGCGUUAACGCCACCUAAGCAAACACCAGAAUGGUUAAAAUUCUGCAAGAAUCUAUUCGGUGGUUUCGCCCUAUUGCUAUGGAUCGGUGCAAUCCUUUGUUUCAUCGCAUACUCGAUCCAGGCCUCGACGAGCGAGGAUCCGAACGACGACAAUCUUUACCUCGGCAUCGUUUUAGCGGCGGUCGUCAUAGUUACCGGUAUAUUCUCAUAUUAUCAGGAAAGCAAGUCGAGCAAGAUAAUGGAAUCGUUCAAGAACAUGGUACCGCAAUUCGCGACGGUGAUAAGAGAAGGCGAGAAGCUUACACUUAGAGCGGAGGAUUUGGUAUUGGGCGAUGUCGUAGAAGUGAAAUUUGGAGAUCGUAUACCAGCGGAUAUUAGGAUUAUCGAGUCACGAGGAUUUAAAGUGGACAACAGCUCGCUAACUGGUGAAUCCGAGCCACAGUCAAGGUCACCUGAGUUCACCCACGAGAAUCCAUUGGAAACGAAAAAUUUAGCAUUCUUCUCGACUAAUGCGGUAGAGGGUACGGCCAAGGGUGUGGUUAUCUGUUGCGGUGAUCAAACGGUCAUGGGUAGAAUCGCUGGAUUAGCAUCCGGUCUUGAUACAGGUGAAACGCCAAUCGCUAAAGAAAUCCAUCAUUUUAUUCAUCUUAUCACCGGUGUGGCCGUGUUCCUUGGAUUAACGUUCUUCUUAAUCGCCUUCAUUCUUGGAUAUCAUUGGUUGGACGCCGUUAUCUUCCUUAUUGGUAUAAUCGUCGCUAACGUGCCGGAAGGAUUACUCGCAACCGUAACCGUAUGUCUCACGCUAACCGCAAAGAGGAUGGCCUCGAAGAAUUGUCUAGUUAAGAAUCUCGAAGCCGUAGAAACGCUUGGUUCUACGUCCACCAUCUGUUCCGACAAAACCGGUACCCUGACACAAAACAGAAUGACCGUUGCUCACAUGUGGUUCGAUAAUCAGAUCAUCGAGGCUGACACCACGGAAAAUCAAUCUGGCUUGCAAUACGAUCGUACGAGUCCUGGUUUCAAGGCAUUGUCGAAAAUCGCUACCCUCUGCAAUCGUGCCGAAUUUAAACCUGGUCAAGAGAACGUACCGAUCCUACAAAGGGAGGUCAAUGGCGACGCUUCCGAGGCUGCUCUACUCAAAUGUAUGGAACUGGCUCACGGUGAUGUCAUGGGUAUGAGGAAGAAGAACAAAAAGGUCUGCGAAAUUCCGUUCAACUCUACCAACAAGUAUCAAGUAUCUAUCCACGAAUCCGACGAUCCUAACGAUCCGAGACAUCUAUUGGUCAUGAAGGGUGCCCCAGAAAGGAUCUUAGACAGGUGCUCGACCAUUUUCAUCGGCGGAAAGGAAAAGGUAUUGGACGAGGAAAUGAAGGAAGCAUUUAACAACGCAUAUCUCGAACUCGGUGGGCUCGGUGAACGUGUACUUGGUUUCUGCGAUUUCGUACUCCCGUCCGACAAGUUCCCGAUCGGCUUCAAAUUCAAUUCCGACGACCCGAACUUCGCGGUCGAUGGACUCCGCUUCGUGGGCCUGAUGUCUAUGAUCGACCCGCCCAGGGCUGCGGUACCCGAUGCGGUCGCUAAAUGCCGAUCCGCUGGUAUCAAGGUCAUUAUGGUCACCGGUGACCAUCCGAUCACUGCCAAAGCCAUUGCCAAAUCCGUCGGCAUCAUAUCCGAAGGUAACGAAACCGUCGAGGACAUUGCUCAGCGGCUGAACAUUCCCGUAUCCGAGGUAAAUCCUCGCGAAGCCAAGGCCGCAGUUAUCCAUGGAACCGCACUCAGGGAACUGAAUUCCGACCAACUGGACGAGAUCCUCAGGUACCACACCGAAAUUGUGUUCGCCCGUACCUCGCCACAACAGAAACUCAUUAUCGUCGAGGGUUGUCAACGAAUGGGCGCCAUUGUAGCCGUAACUGGCGAUGGCGUAAACGAUUCACCAGCUUUGAAGAAAGCCGAUAUCGGUGUAGCUAUGGGUAUAGCUGGUUCAGACGUCUCCAAGCAAGCAGCCGACAUGAUCCUACUCGAUGACAACUUUGCCUCCAUUGUGACGGGCGUGGAGGAGGGUCGCUUGAUCUUCGACAACUUAAAAAAAUCUAUCGCAUAUACUCUGACCUCGAACAUACCAGAGAUCUCCCCUUUCCUGGCGUUCAUUCUCUGCGACAUACCGUUGCCACUUGGUACCGUCACUAUUCUCUGCAUCGAUCUGGGAACCGACAUGGUACCAGCAAUAUCUCUGGCUUACGAGCAGGUGGAGUCCGACAUAAUGAAGCGACAGCCACGUGAUCCACAUCAUGACAACCUCGUUAACGAAAGGCUUAUCUCGAUGGCGUACGGACAGAUCGGCAUGAUCCAAGCUGCUGCUGGUUUCUUCGUUUACUUCGUCAUCAUGGCUGAAAAUGGUUUCCUACCGCUUCAUCUCUUUGGUAUCAGAAAGCAAUGGGACUCAAAGGCGAUCAAUGAUCUCAGAGAUAGUUAUGGCCAGGAAUGGACUUAUAGGGACAGAAAGACGUUGGAAUUCACCUGUCAUACGGCAUUCUUCGUGUCGAUCGUAAUUGUACAAUGGGCUGAUCUGAUAGUCUGUAAGACGCGCCGUAAUUCGAUCAUCCAUCAGGGAAUGAGAAACUGGGCGCUUAACUUUGGUCUCAUCUUUGAGACUGCACUAGCUGCGUUCCUAAGCUACACACCUGGUAUGGACAAGGGUCUUCGCAUGUUCCCGCUUAAAUUCGUCUGGUGGCUACCAGCCCUGCCGUUCAUGUUCGCCAUCUUCAUCUACGACGAAACGAGACGAUUUUAUCUCCGCCGAAAUCCUGGUGGCUGGCUAGAACAAGAAACUUACUAUUAGAGAGACACGGAGGAGAACUUCACACACGCAGAGCGCGCGAGCAAAAGAAAGAGAGAAAGAAAGAGAGAAAGAAAGAGAGAGAGAGAGAGAGAGAGAAAGAAAGAGAGUGAGAGAGAGAAAGAAAGAGAGUGAGAGAAUGAGAGAAAGAGAGAAAGAGAGAGAGAGAACGAAAGAGAGUGAAAGCGAGAGAGAGAAUGAGAGAGAGUGAGAUGACGCAUACCCACGCAGAAAAUACACCCAAAUAAAAAAAAAAAAAUAAUAAAAUAAAUAAAGUAAUUCACUCACGUUUUAAGGUACACACAACCACAUAUACAUACAGAUAGACAAAGAGAGAAUCACACACACACACACACACACACACACACACACACAUACACACACGUAUACAGAGUAUAUACACCGUAAACGGGGCGUGCUAAUUGGGUCUAUCCGUACUGUAGCGAUGGAUAAAACGAAAAAGAAGAAUGAAGAUAGAAGAAAAAGAAGAUAAGAAGAAGAAGAAGAAGAAGAAGAUGCAAAGGAGACAGAGGAGAAGAAUGAGGAGAAGGAAGAAAGGGCCUAAAGUGAUACGAACGCACGUAACAUUCAAAUAUGAACUAUUUAUUUCAAGGAGAACUCAAACGCACGACGCGCACGGACGAUGAAAGGGAUUAUAUAAAAUGAUCGAUCAUCAUGUCUAAACUGGAGAUUAGAAAUAACUCAAUAGAUUCGAUCAGCACGCCCUCGUAAAAGGAGGAGCAACAGGAGGAGGAAGAAAAAGUGAUAAAAGUGGAGGAGAGCAAACGAUAGUCGGAUAAUAUUAUUAUAAUAUGAAAAGGAGAUAUAAAUGGAAGAAUAAAUGUCGUUCGAUCGAAACUAUAAUCGCAUAUGUUGAAAAUCCAAGACGAUAUAUAAUAUAUAUGUGUGUGUGUAUAUAUAUAUAUAUAUACACAUAUAUAUGUAUUGAUACGUAUAUAUAUGUAUAAAUAUAUAUGUAUAUGUAUCAAUCAAUCUCUUUAUCGAUUUUACUUAUCGAAGAGGAUAAAGUAGUACGACGUUUAAAUUGGCACGCCCUGGAUUAAUACGUGUUAAGGAUGAAGGUUAUGAUAAAUCAACAGAAAAAGAAAUAUAUAUAUAUGUGUGUAUGUAUACAUGUGUAUAUAUGUGUAUAUGUCAUACGUAUAUAUAUAUGUGUAAAAAAAUGAUAUGGAAAGAAGAGAGAGAGAGAGAGAGAGAGAGAGAGAGAGAGAAGGGUGUAAUAAGCACGUUUGCAGUAUUCAUUAUUAAAUAUAAAUAACGUCGUACGGUUUGAAUCUCAAUCAGUGUAGUUAUCAAGAUCCAGACUCGCAUCGUUUAGAUUCUAAGUAGUCUUCGUUCUAAGAACGUUAUCUACAAAACAGGAAGAGGAAGGAGAAAGGUGUAACAGGUAAUAUGAUGUUGAAAUGAGAUAUGGAUUGUAAAAAUAUAUUGGAGGACAAAAAAUUGUUUUAUUAUCGCGUUUACGGACGAAUGAGGAGGAUAAACAACAGAGAGAAAAAGAUAAAGGAAGAGAGAGAGAAAUAAUUAAUAUAUUAAAUUAUUUGCCAGAGCAGGAGGAUAAAUAAUUAUAAUAAUGGGACGCAUAAAACUCUAAAGAUAGAGAUAAAGCGUUUAUUAUUAUAAAAUUUCGAAAGGGAAAACCGAAUACAGAAAGAGAGAAUAAAUCAAGAAAUGAAUAAAUAGAUACAUAAAUAAAUAAAAAAAACAAAAAAAAAUAAAAAAAAUACAUAAAUAAAAGUUGACGUCGCUAAAUUCAACUCUUCUAUUUCAAAAUGGAAGAGAAACAAAGAUAUUUGAUUAAUUGGAUAUUAAAAAUGCAAAAGAAAAGGAAGAGAUGGACUCGGGACAAAUGAUUUAUGUAUAUUAUAUAUACAUAUUUAUUUAUGUAUGUAUGUAUGUAUCUAUGUAUAUACGUUGUAUAUACGUACGUAUGUAUGUAUGUAUGUAUGUAUCUAUGUAUAUAUAUUUACGUAUAUGAAAAUGUUCUCGAAUGAAACGAAUAAAUAAAUGAAUUAUGAGUGCUCGCAUAUGGCGAUAAGUAGAGCAAAACAUAUAUUUAUCGGUUAUAUGCGGGAAUGCAUUAACAUACAGAGAAGGAAAAAGAAAGAGAGAGAGAAAUAAUUAAUAUAUUAAAUUAUUUGCCAGAGCAGGAGGAUAAAUAAUAUAAUAAUGGGACUCAUAAAACUCUAAAGAUAAAGAUAAAGCGUUAUUAUUGUAACAUUUCAAAAGGGAAAACCGAAUACAGAAAGAGAGAAUAAAUCAAGAAAUGAAUAAACAGAUAAAUAAAAAAAUAAAAAAUAAAAAAAAAUAAAAAGAAUAAAAGUUCAUGUCACUAAAUUCAACUCUUCGAUUUCAAAAUGAAAGAGAAACAAAGAUAUUUGAUUAAUUGGACGUUGAAAAUGCAAAAAAAAAGGAAGAGAUGGACUCGAGACAAAUGAUUUAUGUAUAUUAUAUAUACAUAUUUAUUUAUGUAUGUAUGUAUGUAUCUAUGUAUGUACGUGUGUGUAUACGUAUGUAUGUAUGUAUGUAUGUAUGUAUGUAUGUAUAUAUAUUUACGUAUAUGAAAAUGUUCUCGAAUGAAACGACGCAUAUGGCGAUAGGUAGAGCAAAAAAUAUAUUUGUCGGUUAUAUGCGAGAAUGCAUUAACAUACAGAGAAGGAAAAAGAAAGAGAGAGAGAAAUAAUUAAUAUAUUAAAUUAUUUGCCAGAGCAGGAGGAUAAAUAAUAUAAUAAUGGGACACAUAAAACUCUAAAGAUAAAGAUAAAGCGUUAUUAUUGUAACAUUUCAAAAGGGAAAACCGAAUACAGAAAGAGAGAAUAAAUCAAGAAAUGAAUAAACAGAUAAAUAAAAAAAUAAAAACAUAAAAAAAAAAUAAAAAGAAUAAAAGUUCAUGUCACUAAAUUCAACUCUUCGAUCUCAAAAUGGAAAAGAAACAAAGAUAUUUGAUUAAUUGAACAUUGAAAAUGCAAAAAAAAAAGGAAGAAAUGGAAUCGGGACAAAUGAUUUAUGUAUAUUAUAUAUACAUAUUUAUUUAUGUAUGUAUGUAUGUAUCUAUGUAUAUACGUUGUAUAUACGUACGUAUGUAUGUAUGUAUGUAUGUAUCUAUGUAUAUAUAUUUACGUAUAUGAAAAUGUUCUCGAAUGAAACGAAUAAAUAAAUGAAUUAUGAGUGCUCGCAUAUGGCGAUAAGUAGAGCAAAACAUAUAUUUAUCGGUUAUAUGCGGGAAUGCAUUAACAUACAGAGAAUAAAAAAGAAAGAGAGAGAGAAAUAAUUAAUAUAUUAAAUUAUUUGCCAGAGCAGGAGGAUAUAUAAUAUAAUAAUGGGAUGCAUAAAACUCUAAAGAUAAAGAUAAAGCGUUAUUAUUGUAUCAUUUCAAAAGGGAAAACCGAAUACAGAAAGAGAGAAUAAAUAAAGAAAUGAAUAAAUAGAUAAAUAAAUAAAUAAAAAAAUAAAAAAAAAUAAAAAAAGAAUAAAAUAAAUAAAAAAAAAUAAAAAAAAAAUAAAAAAAUAAAAUAAAAGUUGACGUCACUGAAUUCAACUCUUCGAUCUCGAAAUGGAAAAGAAACAAAGACAUUUGAUUAAUUGGUCGUUGAAAAUGCAAAAAAACAGGAAGAGAUGGACUCGGGACAAAUGAUUUAUGUAUAUUAUAUAUACAUAUUUAUUUAUGUAUGUAUGUAUGUAUCUAUGUAUAUACGUUGUAUAUACGUACGUAUGUAUGUAUGUAUGUAUGUAUCUAUGUAUAUAUAUUUACGUAUAUGAAAAUGUUCUCGAAUGAAACGACGCAUAUGGCGAUAGGUAGAGCAAAAAAUAUAUUUGUCGGUUAUAUGCGAGAAUGCAUUAACAUACAGAGAAGGAAAAAGAAAGAGAGAGAGAAAUAAUUAAUAUAUUAAAUUAUUUACCAGAGCAUUAGGAUAAAUAAUUAUAAUAAUUGGACGCAUAAAACUCCAGAGAUAGAGAUAAAGAGUAAUUAUUAUAAAAUUUCAAAAGCGGAAACCGAAUACAGAAAGAGAAAAUAAAUCAAGAAAUGAAUAAACAGAUAAAUAAAUAAAUAGAAAAAUAAAAAAUAAAAAAAAAUAAAAAGAAUAAAAGUUCACGUCACUAAAUUCAACUCUUCGAUCUCGAAAUGGAAAAGAAACAAAGACAUUUGAUUAAUUGGUCGUUGAAAAUGCAAAAAAACAGGAAGAGAUGGACUCGGGACAAAUGAUUUAUGUAUAUUAUAUAUACAUAUUUAUUUAUGUAUGUAUGUAUGUAUCUAUGUAUAUACGUUGUAUAUACGUACGUAUGUAUGUAUGUAUGUAUGUAUCUAUGUAUAUAUAUUUACGUAUAUGAAAAUGUUCUCGAAUGAAACGACGCAUAUGGCGAUAGGUAGAGCAAAAAAUAUAUUUGUCGGUUAUAUGCGAGAAUGCAUUAACAUACAGAGAAGGAAAAAGAAAGAGAGAGAGAAAUAAUUAAUAUAUUAAAUUAUUUGCCAGAGCAGGAGGAUAUAUAAUAUAAUAAGGGGCUCAUAAAACUCUAAAGAUAAAGAUAAAGCGUUAUUAUUGUAUCAUUUCAAAAGGGAAAACCGAAUACAGAAAGAGAGAAUAAAUCAAGAAAUGAAUAAAGAGAUAAAUAAAUAAAUAAAAAAAUAAAAAAAAAAUAAAAAAAAAGUAAAAAAAUAAAAAAAAAAUUAAAAAAAUAAAAUAAAAGUUGACGUCACUAAAUUCAACUGUUCAAGCUCCCAAUGGAAGAGAAGCAAAGGUAUUUGAUUAAUUGGACAUUAAAAAUGCAAACAAAAGAAACAGAUGGAAUCGGGACAAAUGAUUUAUGUAUAUUAUAUAUACAUAUUUAUUUAUGUAUGUAUGUAUGUAUCUAUGUAUAUACGUUGUAUAUACGUACGUAUGUAUGUAUGUAUGUAUGUAUCUAUGUAUAUAUAUUUACGUAUAUGAAAAUGUUCUCGAAUGAAACGACGCAUAUGGCGAUAGGUAGAGCAAAAAAUAUAUUUGUCGGUUAUAUGCGAGAAUGCAUUAACAUACAGAGAAGGAAAAAGAAAGAGAGAGAGAAAUAAUUAUUAUAUUAAAUUAUUUGCCAGAGCAGGAGGAUAUAUAAUAUAAUAAGGGGCUCAUAAAACUCUAAAGAUAAAGAUAAAGCGUUAUUAUUGUAACAUUUCAAAAGGGAAAACCGAAUACAGAAAGAGAGAAUAAAUCAAGAAAUGAAUAAAGAGAUAAAUAAAUAAAUAAAGAAAUGAAUAAAGAGAUAAAUAAAUAAAUAAAAAAAUAAAAAAAAAUAAAGAAAAAUAAAAAAAAUUAAAAAAAAUUAAAAAAAUAAAAUAAAAGUUGACGUCACUAAAUUCAACUGUUCAAGCUCCCAAUGGAAGAGAAGCAAAGGUAUUUGAUUAAUUGGACAUUAAAAAUGCAAAAAAAAGAAACAGAUGGAAUCGGGACAAAUGAUUUAUGUAUAUUAUAUAUACCUAUUUAUGUAUGUAUGUAUGUAUGUAUCUAUGUAUGUACGUGUGUGUAUACGUAUGUAUGUAUGUAUGUAUGUAUGUAUGUAUGUAUAUAUAUUUACGUAUAUGAAAAUGUUCUCGAAUGAAACGACGCAUAUGGCGAUAGGUAGAGCAAAAAAUAUAUUUGUCGGUUAUAUGCGAGAAUGCAUUAACAUACAGAGAAGGAAAAAGAAAGAGAGAGAGAAAUAAUUAUUAUAUUAAAUUAUUUGCCAGAGCAGGAGGAUAUAUAAUAUAAUAAGGGGCUCAUAAAACUCUAAAGAUAAAGAUAAAGCGUUAUUAUUGUAUCAUUUCAAAAGGGAAAACCGAAUACAGAAAGAGAGAAUAAAUCAAGAAAUGAAUAAAGAGAUAAAUAAAUAAAUAAAAAAAUAAAAAAAAAUAAAAAAAAAUAAAAAAAAAUAAAAAAAAAUAAAAAAAAUUUAAAAAAAUUAAAAAAAUAAAAUAAAAGUUGACGUCACUAAAUUCAACUGUUCAAGCUCCCAAUGGAAGAGAAGCAAAGGUAUUUGAUUAAUUGGACAUUAAAAAUGCAAAAAAAAGAAACAGAUGGAAUCGGGACAAAUGAUUUAUGUAUAUUAUAUAUACCUAUUUAUGUAUGUAUGUAUGUUUGUAUCUAUGUAUGUACGUGUGUGUAUACGUAUGUAUGUAUGUAUGUAUGUAUGUAUGUAUGUAUGUAUGUAUGUAUGUAUGUAUGUAUGUAUGUAUGUAUGUAUGUAUAUAUAUUUACGUAUAUGAAAAUGUUCUCGAAUGAAACGACGCAUAUGGCGAUAGGUAGAGCAAAAAAUAUAUUUGUCGCUUCUAUGCGAGAAUGCAUUAACAUACAGAGAAGGAAAAAGAAAGAGAAAAAGAAAUAAUUAAUAUAUUAAAUUAUUUGCCAGAGCAGGAGGAUAAAUAAUAUAAUAAUGGGACACAUAAAACUCUAAAGAUAAGGAUAAAGCGUUAUUAUUGUAACAUUUCAAAAGGGAAAACCGAAUACAGAAAGAGAGAAUAAAUCAAGAAAUGAAUAAACAGAUAAAUAAAAAAAUAAAAACAUAAAAAAAAAAUAAAAAGAAUAAAAGUUCAUGUCACUAAAUUCAACUCUUCGAUCUCAAAAUGGAAAAGAAACAAAGAUAUUUGAUUAAUUGAACAUUGAAAAUGCAAAAAAAAAAGGAAGAAAUGGAAUCGGGACAAAUGAUUUAUGUAUAUUAUAUAUACAUAUUUAUUUAUGUAUGUAUGUAUGUAUCUAUGUAUAUACGUUGUAUAUACGUACGUAUGUAUGUAUGUAUGUAUGUAUCUAUGUAUAUAUAUUUACGUAUAUGAAAAUGUUCUCGAAUGAAACGACGCAUAUGGCGAUAGGUAGAGCAAAAAAUAUAUUUGUCGCUUAUAUGCGAGAAUGCAUUAACAUACAGAGAAUGAAAAAGAAAGAGAGAGAGAAAUAAUUAAUAUAUUAAAUUAUUUGUCAGAGCAGGAGGAUAAAUAAUAUAAUAAUUGGACGCAUAAAACUCCAGAGAUAGAGAUAAAGAGUAAUUAUUAUAAAAUUUCAAAAGCGGAAACCGAAUACAGAAAGAGAAAAUAAAUCAAGAAAUGAAUAAACAGAUAAAUAAAUAAAUAGAAAAAUAAAAAAUAAAAAAAAAUAAAAAGAAUAAAAGUUCACGUCACUAAAUUCAACUCUUCGAUCUCGAAAUGGAAAAGAAACAAAGACAUUUGAUUAAUUGGUCGUUGAAAAUGCAAAAAAACAGGAAGAGAUGGACUCGGGACAAAUGAUUUAUGUAUAUUAUAUAUACAUAUUUAUUUAUGUAUGUAUGUAUGUAUCUAUGUAUAUACGUUGUAUAUACGUACGUAUGUAUGUAUGUAUGUAUGUAUCUAUGUAUAUAUAUUUACGUAUAUGAAAAUGUUCUCGAAUGAAACGACGCAUAUGGCGAUAAGUAGAGCAAAAAAUAUAUUCGUCGGUUAUAUGCGAGAAUGCAUUAACAUACAGAGAAGGAAAAGGAAAGAGAAAAAGAGAAUUAGAAACGAGAGAGAACAAGAAAGAAGCCCACGAACGAACGAACAAACUAACAAAUGAACAACCAAGGAAGCAAGCAACCAACCAAACAAACAAACAAACAAACAAACAAACACAUACACAUUCUUACUUAGGUGAAACUAAAAGUAAACGAACAAAAAAGAAAAAAGAAAAAAAAAAGAAUAAAAAAUUAAAAAAAAAAGGUAUAAACUCAUUCUCUUAGUUUUUUCAUAGGUUUAAAAACGCCAGCGGGACAGCUCGCUAUAAAUCAUUGACCCCCGAACGCAGAACGCCCUGUUCCUCGAACCCGCGGUCGAUCGUUUAAUUGCGUGAAUGCGGAAUGAUUGGACGCGUGUGUACUUUAUCCGCUUGCGUGUGUGCGUGCGUACGUGCGUACGUGCGUACGUGCGUGUCAAAACAAAAAGAUGACGUUGAAGAAGAAGUAGAAGAAAAAAGAAGAAGAAAAAGAAAAAGAAAGAAAAGAUGGAGAUAAGUGAAUAAAAAAAAAAAAAAUACAAUUGCAACAACAAACCACAGAUAACAACAAACGAUUACAACAACAAGAACAAUGUCAAAAAAAAGAAAGAAAAAAGAAAUAAAAGGAUUGUAAUAAUUGUAAUAAUAAUAAUAAUAAUUAAUAAUAAUAAUAAUAAUUAAUAAUAAUAAUAAUUAAUAAUGAUAAUAAUAAAAAUGAAAAAAAUGAAAAAAAUUGAAAGAAACAAGAAAUUAACAACGCAACGUCGAAACAACGCCCCUUCUUAGAACGAAGGUGACUUAAAAAUACCUGCCACGCGACUUUUUUGGGCCGGGACGUAGCCGAGACACGUGAGAGACUAUAAUAAUCGAAAAUCGCGUCGAAGGAGCUUUCUCUUCCGGAUCUUUCGUUUGAAAUGAAUUUAUAAGCUGGAAAUCUAAAGGAGAAGAAAAAUGAGAGUGAAGAAAAAUAGUAAAAAGAAAAAAACAAAUAUAUAUAUAUAUAUAUAUAUAUAUUAUGUAUGCAUGUAUGUAUGUAUAAAAGUAUUAACGAAAAGAAAUAGAAGGAGAGAAAGAAAGAAAACAAAGGAUAAGAAACGAAGAUAAGGAAGAAAGAAAAAAAAAUAAAAGAACUGGACGUGUCCUCCCUCUGGCCCUGUGAACACUGACGAAACGUCGUAAUUCGUUAUUAUCAUUGUCAUUACACGCACAGAUUAUAAGAUAACAUUAAUACGUAUAUAUACAUGCUAGACACACAACACGUUGUAUGUAUAUAUGUAUGUAUAUAUAUUAUAUGUAUAUGUAUAUAUAUAUAUACAUGUAUAGUAUAUACACACUAUUCCAAAGAUAAAAAAAAGAAAAUGAGAAGAAACAAAUAGAGAAGAAGAGAAAGAAAUAGAAAGAGAAGAAGAUAAAGACAAAAUUCUGAUAUGAUUCCCUUUCAUCUUCCGUGAGUGUCGUGCUUCGAGAUUAUCGUACGGAUCAAAAACGAGACGAAAAAGAGAAAAAGGACAGAAAGAAGGAGAGGAGAUAUCUACAAAGAAAGAAAAAAAAAAAGAAGAGAGAGAAGAAAAACAAGAAAAAGACAAAACCAAAACGACUAAAUGAGUGUUGUAAAAGGAGAAAAAAUAAUGAAGAAAAACGAGAGAGAGAAAAAAGAAAAAGAAAAAAACACACACACAGAACAGAAAAAAAAGAUAUAUAAAUCGACUACUAGUGUCGAGACGCUUCUGUCCGCCGUCCAAAAGAAGGAAAAGAAAUUCCGAUCGAGAAUAAUGGUAACGGAGCUCGUUCGUCCGGUUCGAAAUUGAAACAACGAUGAUCAUGACGAUUGAGGGAUGUAUUAAUGAUUAUGCUAAUUAUUGUAUUCGGUGGAACGAGCUCUCGCACAAUAAUCCAUCGUCCUCGUCUGUUCCUUCGGUGCGGAUCGAGCCGAUUCGACGACCGUGGAGUUUCGUUCGACUGAUCGAAUGGUGGUCCCAUUAAAAUAAUGGCUGAUUUCAACGAAUGGAUAAGCAUGAUAACGACAAGAUUAAAAAGGAGAUAGGGAUAAACAGAGAGAGAGAGAGAGAGAGAGAGAGAGAGGGAUGAUAGGAUUUAAAAAAGAAAAAAAAACAAAAGGAUGCUCGCUCGGCGGCCCGGGCCCUAAAACUCUACCCUAAGUGUUCAAAUAAAAAGCAAGGUGUGUUCUCUCGAGGUGCCGUACACGCGUAACACGUUCUUCCUUUUCUCCUCAGCCCUCCUAAUCCAAAUGCUCCUUAAUCUCCUCCUCGAUUUAACUCCAUUUCGUAAUCUACCCUUCUUUCUUUUUCUCUUUUUAUUUCACCCUCGUCAUCGUCCUCAUCAUUAUUAUCGUCGUCAUCAUUAUCGUUAUUAUUAAGUCAUUCUCUUUCUUUUUCUUCUUCCUUUUUUUCCUUCUCGUCCUCUUUUCUUUUUUCUUUUACUCUACUUUUCCUCGUCCUUCUCAUUCUUUUGCUCCUUUUUCUACUCCUUUUCCUCCUUCUCCUUCUCCUUCUCCUGCUCCUCCGAAGGUACGCCAAAUGAACGCUCUCCCUCGGCUCUUCUCUUAAGCUUCCGGCAAUACAAAAAAUCGUCCGUGUCUUCUUGGUGUUCGAAAUAAAAUAAAAAUAAAAAUACAAAUAAAAAUAUCAAUAAAGUAAUUAAAACGAGGUGAAAACGCGGCGGGGGGAGGGGGGAGGGGAAAUCGCAGGAGUUAAAAAGGAGCAAAAAGAAAAAAAAGGAAAUAAAAUAUAAAUAUAUAUAUAUAUAUAAAUAUAAUUAUUGCGAGAAAAAGAGAGAGAGAGAGAGAGAGAGAGAGAGCGAGAGAAGGAAGUAUCGCGUUUGAACGUACAAAACAGCAGCCAGAGAGAGAGAGAGAGAGAGAAAGAGAGAGAGAGAGGGGAGGGAUAGGGGGUGUGAGGAGGACCGGCAAAAGUGAGAUUAGGGUCGUUCAACAAAAAGAAAAGAAUACUUUUUCGUUAAUAAUACACGAUCGGAUAUUUAUCGUUUCAAGAGGAAAAUAAAAAGAAAAUGAAAAAGACGGCGAGAAAAGAGAGAAACAAGAAAAACAAGAACAAAUGCAAAGGGAAAGAAAAAAUAGAAAAAAGAUAAAAACGAGAAGAAUGGAGGAAAAAGAUUAUCGAAGAAUGGCUCGUGACGUUUUUCGUGGACGUAUUUCAUCUCUUUGAUCGACAAAAGAAAAAAAGAGAGAGAAAGAGAGAAGAGAUAACGAGUGAUAAUUAUGAAAGAGGGAGAGAAAGAGAGGGAGAGAGAGAGAGAGAGAGAAAAA